AGCAAAACACAAACUGAAGAGUUGGUUUGCUCUGCAAACAUCUCUAGUGCUAAGAUAGAAGUGAUAAGUCAUAAAUAUAAGCCAACAUAAUUUUCUCUUAUCUGACACGUAGAAUUAAGGCUGUUGUGCUCACUUAUAGCAAUAAGUGAGGAAUGCUUUUAGGAAUGCUGCAUCAAAGGUAUUAAUGUGGCACACACUGCCCUGCACUCAUACAGAAGGUGUGUGAACUGUGAUACUCUUACUGCAAAUCAAGAAAAUCUGCUUCUUCUGACUCUGCUUGUCCUGCCUCCAGCAGUGGCGCCAACAUUUGGACGUCAUUUAGUCAAGCCAAGUGGCCCCAGCUUGUUGCAGCCUCACCAUGGGCCUUAGCUCAUUAUUGGCUUGUCAGCACUAAUACUUCAUCAAGACCAAUCUCAAACCUGGCAGCAACCCCUACAUUUUUGUAUCUCACCAUGACAGACCCCUUUUUAUGUUUAGAUUACAGUUACUCCUCUUUGCUAGGAAAAUUGAUCUGGAUCUACAGACCCUCUGAUUGGGAGUCACAAUAUUUUUCCAUAAAGGACCCAGUUUUAUUCUUUCAGAAUGAUUCGUUUUUCCUUAGUUGUUCUCAUAGGCUGCAGUCCAAAAAUAGCAGAGCUCCUUUGCAGGCCAGAGCAGGUAAACUUUUUUUGUAGUGGGAUGACAGGAGCUAGUGUUGGACAGUAUGGAGGGUGCAAAGGGAGUCAUGAAACCACAAGGUGUCCUGAAGCAUGGGCAGCCUGACCUAAGCCAGCUGGAUCUCACUGCACCACCCCUAGGGAAUGGCUCCUAUGUGAGCCAGCCUCUUCACUCCCCCAGCUGCUGAGGAAAGGGCAAUAAAUUUGUUCAUUCCAAGUUAAGCUCAUUGCAUAAAUCAGGCAGUCAGUAUUCCAAUGGCAAUUCAGACUUGAGAUAAUGUCUUAAGAUAGAAGUAGUCACUGGUUUCCAUGGGAAUUUUGCCAUAUCUUUCACCAGGACUAGGAUUUAAUCUAUGGGAGUUUUCAUUUUUUUGGCUGGAUUAGCUGGCCCCUGUCCUCUACUGAAAGACAAUCACAGUGCACCUGAAGAAUUGUGGUAAUAAGCCAGUCAAGGAGACUUUACAGGAUGGACCUGAGGAGGCUGCAGUCGCUUUACUGGAUCAAUAGGUGGGAUUUCAUCAGAAAGAAAAGGUUCAAAUGUCACUUGGAAAAUUUCACUUCAAUGUGUUCAUUUUGUGUUUCAGCUGUGUUUGGAAUGGCUUGUAGAUUUAAACUGUGACUCAGAGCAGGAGAAAUGAGGAACCAUUAAUUCUUACUAAAAAAUGCUAUUCCAGGCCAUAACCCUAACAUAAAUGAAUUUGGCAUGUUCUGAGUGAACCAUCACUUUCAUGAUGAAAUCAAUGGAUAUAAACUCAGCUUUGGUCAGAUGAGUCCUCAAGCUUGCAGACCAUGUACCAAAUGUUUAUUAUUGCUCAGAAGACCAGAUAGAUACUGACUACAGCCCAGUGCUUUCAAAGAGUUCAGUUGUCUUGAUCCAAGGGAGCAAUACGAGGUAGUGCUUAAAUGUGUUUCAGGUUCUGGGAUUUUCAAAAACCCUUGUGCUCUCAAUUCCCAAUGACAACAUGGAACCUGGAAGCUUUAAAAAUCUGAAAUAGGUACUGAUCUGUAUUCAAGGGAGCUCAUGUAUCUGUGGAAAUCUGCCUCCAAUUUAUCCAGCAACCCUGUUGUUCUGGGUCACAUUAGGGACUGUGGACACUUCACCUGGCACUACUCUGCAAACUCUGCUCCUUUGCAUGGCUGUGGCUACACAGGAAGAAGGAUGUAUUACGGCUUUCAACUAACACGAAAAUGCCAUAAGCAAUGAUGUAUUAGCCAGCAUGUUAGAAGAUACCACUGUAUACAUCAGAUGCAGAACCCAAUUAGUGGGGUAAUUACAGUUUCUGAUUUAAAGGUUUUUGCAGCUUGUGAAGCUUCCCACCCUUCUUGUCAGCCUCUAUGUCCUCCCUGCUGAGGAUCUGCACUGCUGCAGGUGAGGAAGCCCAACUAGACAACAUGGCCUGCAGUCAUGGGCUCGCAGGCUACAUUACUGGCACCCAACUCACAUCACAGCCAGGACGACUCAGAUGCUAAACUGGCUGUCCAUGCUCACACAUGAGCCUUUGAAAUGAAAAUGUACAUGGGCCAACUCCUGAAUACUUUUGUAGAUACGCCAGCACAUGACCUGUGUGGUCCCCUUGUAGUCCUACUUAGACUAAAUUUGUGAAUAUGCAGUGUUCUUACCCAAGAGAAUGGACAUUUGUGAUCUAAUUGAUUAAAUCUGUGUUAUCCAAGAGGGUGUUCCCAGCCAAACAGUGCAAUGCUUCUAAAGCAUUCCAGAACAACUCCCAGAAUGACUUGUGCUGCACCCACACAGAGCUGUCUCUGACACUGCACUCCUGCCAGUCUGGGAAGUAAUGUGGGCUUCAGACCAAUCAGCUCUGGGCAUCAGGGGUUUUGUAAUACUAGAAAAAGGUGGCUUACACUCCACUCCCUUUUCCUGGCUGUAUGAUGCGAAAUGCUGCUGAAGUCAGUGGAGUUGCACUGCUACAAGACCGGGUACAACAGAGCAGUGUCCUGCUCUCAGGUUGUUGUUUGCUCUUCAGUGUUUGGCCAAGGUCAGACAGGUACUUAGCACUUAUGAAGUGCAAGCUCAAGGCAGGCUGUGAGGAACAUCUACACUUAAAGAAGUCUCUAGAAAGCUAAUGGAAAUUUUUUGCUCAAAUAUUCAUGUGUCAUGACGAGAUUUUUGAAGCUGAUUGUUACCCCAUGGAAUCCAAAUCACAAGGAGAAGGGAGAUCUAGCACAUCCAUGAAAAGGGUGGCUGGUUGGGAUCCCAUCUGUGAAGCAGCACAGUCACCAAGGAGCAGGUUGGAGAAGAAACAGCACUUUGGUACCCGUGGCACGAGACGGGGGCCCUCAGGAGUUAGGCACCCGCUGUGGCUGGGAUACAAACAAAUCCCCACGGAGUCCCAAGGUGCUCCCAUGAAGCAUAAAAUAUCUAUCCAGAUUUCAAGUCAACCAGGAAUGGUACAAACUUGGCUAGGGACUCCAGGCAGUGGCUGGUUGGCUCUGCAAGCCUACGGGGAGGAGCACUGUAGCUUCCUGGGAAUAUCACAAGCAUAUAGUUGCCAGCAACCCCCAGGUGCACACAGAAUCGGGUUGGAAAAGAUCUCAGAUCACAGAGUCAAACUGAACAUUUCCGUGUCAACCAGACUGUGGCACUCGGUGCCAUGUCCAGAUCCUUCGUUAAACACCUCCAGGAACAGUGACUCCACUGCCUUGACAGCAAGGCAUACUCUGCCAUCGUGUCCAGCGUGCCCCGCAUCUCCGGCUGAGAACUGUGCCCGUGGCUCUUGCCUAGAGAAGAGAACCGCACCACCACAAAUGCCCGCCAGAAAACUGAGAGGGGAGAAGGAUGGCAGAGUGGCACUGCCUCCACAGCCAAAUGUGACCAUUUCAAAGACAGGAAGGGCGAGGGCUUCGCUCACACCAGCAUGACCCACGAGGAGGCCUGCAAAGUCCAUCUGCAGCGGGAAAGCUCCAAGUUAACUCGGCUCUGGCAGCACCAGGCCAUCCUACCCCACCUUGGGUGUACAGUGUCCAGUUCGAGUUUCAGCAAGCAUCUGUCGGAGUUAUUUUUGCAAGUCAAAUUACACUGAUCUAAAGACAAGUCAGGCGAUAGGACAAGGAGAUCAAUUCAAACCCCUCAUCUGAUAAAGCAUCCUAUUCAUAAUCGCCUACAUUAAAAUAAACGAGUAUUAAUUUUUGGCAACACAAAACCAGAGGACUGCGAUAAGCUUGCCUGAACUUGCCUCUGGGACACAGUGGACGCAUCUUCUCUUUUUAAUUAGUAGCAAUCAGACAUGAGGGUUUGUUUGAUGGUGUUGGUCGAGUGAUGAAUCUGUACUAUUCAGUGCAUCUUAACAGUAGUGUCAAUUUUUCCACUUCAAACGAGACUCUUUCCCUAACACCAUUCUGCUCUAUUUAAUUACUAUUCUGCCAGGCUUAGGCUUGCUGCCUAGGAUGAUGACCAAAAAGCACCAUUGUGCACCCACAAUGUACUGAUUUUUUAGCAUUUCUCUCUAAAAAUACCUCUGAAACUAGCAAAGCUAAGGCUUCAAUUCCUCAAACAUACCACAGGACCUGUUUCAUUUACUUAACUAUGUGAAGCCACAGCCACGUACCAGGUCAGAGACUGCACUAUCAGAGUAACCAAAUCUUAACUUCAUCCUCUUAACUAAGGAGGUCUCCGUGCACAAUCCACAUCUUCUCAAACCUAAGUUUUACAGUAUAAGCAAAGUUGUAACAUUUGAUAGCUGCUUUUGGUAGGGAUUUUUUUCUUCAGAACGGAAAAAAAAGUGGAACUUCUUGGCCAUCAGGAAGAAGGGAAAUCCUGGGUUAACUCCUGACAUUUACUAUUAAUGAGGAGCCAGAAGCAUUUAAACAGAACACAAUUUGUUUUAACUAAGCAUUUCUGUGAUGCUAGGAAGGUAUGGGGCUUUUGUGUUGUUUUUUUUAAUUACUGAAUGUUGAAACAGAACACCUCCUUGAAGCAUUCAUGUGCAUCAGUCUAUCAAACCAUUUACUCAAAUUAAAUGUGUAAUCCUUCAAAAUGCCUCCUUUUAAAUUAAUGAGUUUAAGUAGCUUGAGUUCACCUGAAAAGAUCGUACGGGCACCUGACCUCAUGAAUUCUUUCUAAUAAUUAUAUUGGAAACUUGUUGGAAGGGAUACUCUGCAUAAUCUUACUGUACCCCAACAGAUGCGAGAUUAGUGAGGCUUAGAUCCCCCUACCCAAAUCUGUGGCACUUAAAGCAAACAGCUUCAAAAGAGGAAGAGAUAAGAAAUAAAGGGCAAGAGCAUAUACCUCCUCUGCUAUCUCUUGCAUUGUCUAUACUGGAAGUUAAGCGAAAUAGCAGUUCAAAGCUUCUCUGUAACAAUGCUGAGACAAACAUCAUACCACUGUUUUUUUCCUAUAAGUAGAAUCCGUGGCCCUCCAACUGAUGGUUAAUCAGCUCUUUCACAAGGAGAAGAGAGAAUGAGUCAUUCUGUUUCCACUCAAAGGAGUUUAAAGGUGCUUAUGUAAAUAUCAUAAUUAAUCAGAUACUAAAGGCAGGCAUUUCAUUAUUUAGCACCUCUGCCACAGCCUUAUUUAAGCCCUACGAUUUUAACAUUUACUGUUCAGAUAUGCACACUUCUCCUUCAACACUACAACAAAGCAGAUUAAUUUAGCCUCUCUGAUUGCUGUUUAUUUUUAGUUAGGACUUGUUUUGUGCUGACAAACCACUUUAAAGUUACAGUCGUCGUUCAGCCCCCCCAACUCUUUCCUCCACUUGGCAGUCGCAACUCGCCCUGGGCUAGGCGCUAACAACCGCACCCGCACGUCUCUCCCUCCUAAUGAAAGAGCCAUCCUGAGCCAGCCCACCCCUCUGCCCUGCGGACACCCACCACGAGAAAUAAGGGAGGGGGGGAGGUGGGUGGAAGAAGAGAAAAAAGGAGAAAAAGGCAGCAAGAAAGGGGGAAAGCUGUCC